CCGAAACAUGCAAGUCUGCUACUUAGUUUAGUAGUAAGGUCCAUCAAACUUAUUUUGUUCGGAAGAUUUUUUAAUCAAUAAUCAAAAUCGAAAUCUGGCGUUAACAAGAAAUUACCUCCAAUCAACCGCCACCGCCACCGUUUUCCGUCUCCCGACACCCUCCCUCUGCUUAGUUCCGGCCAAGAGUGAGGAGCUCCGGCAGCUGGUCGGAAACCGCUACCGUGACCUCAUCGACUCUGCCGACUCCAUUGUCGCCAUGAAGUCAUCUUGCGAGUCCAUCUCCUCCAACAUUACUGCAAUUCAUAGCGCCAUCCUCCCCUCUGUCUCCUCCCCCGACACUAUCUCACAUUCCCCCGAGCACUUGCUGGGACCCGUGCUUACGGGAUGGCUUGUCGGGUCAAAGAACAUCUGGGGCUGCCUUGACGAGUCAAUGUUCCUCGAGUCCUCUGCCCGUUACAUUCGGGCUAAGCUUGUGCACUCCAACUUGCUUGGAUCCAAGGAAAGCAAGAAAGUGCUUUCUAAUUUCCCUCUCCUUCAGCACCAGUGGCAGAUAGUCGAGGGCUUCAAGGCUCAGAUCUCGCAGAGGAGCCGCGAGCGGCUUCUGGACCAGACAAUUGGUCACGGAAUAAGUGCUUAUGCGGAUGCCUUGGCUGCUGUGGCCAUCACGGACGAGCUCGAGCCAAAGCAGGUCUUGACUCUGUUUUUGGACUCAGGAAAAUCGAUCAUUUGGCAGAAGCUGAGUGCGUGCGGCCGUGAUGAGGGUGCGGCUAGUUCUGGAGUGAUCUCUGCCUUGUGUGAUGUCCUGAAGGUGAUUCAGAUCACAGUAUGUCAGGUGGGGGAAUUGUUCCUGCAGGUGUUGAAUGACAUGCCUUUGUUUUAUAAGACCAUUCUGGAUACCCCUCCGACUUCCCAGUUGUUUGGGGGCAUACCCAACCCAGAUGAUGAGGUGAGGCUUUGGAAUCUGUUCAAGGAGAAGCUGGAGUCCAAUAUGGUGCUGUUGGGCCGGGAUUUUAUUUCCGUGGCUUGUUCCGACUGGCUUAGGAAAUGCGGGAAGGAGAUCACGAGCAAGAUCGGUGGCAAGCACUUGAUUGACGUGGUCAGGAGUGGCUCCGAACUUUCUCUGGCCGAGAAAUUGAUAAGGGAAACCAUGGACAGCAAACAGGUCUUGGAAGGUAGCUUGGAGUGGUUGAAGAGUGUUUUUGGUUCCGAGAUUGAGCUGCCGUGGAAAAGGACUCGUGAGCUUGUCUUGGGAGAGGACUCAGAUAUAUGGGACGAUAUCUUUGAGGAUGCUUUUGCUCAGAGGAUGAGAGGGAUUAUAGAUUCGAAAUUUGAGGAGUUGGAUAGAGUUGUUGAUGUGGUGGAGUCAGUUAGAUCAAUAUCUAAACCUCCUGGUGAUCAUGUUGUUUCUGAAGAUUACCUGAAUAGAGUAGGUGGGGUUUGGUUCAUGAAUCCCAAUGGCAAAACACUAAGUUCUAUUCCUGGCACGAAAUUGCCCCCGUCUCAAGAAAGUGAUUUUGCAAGCUGUCUCAGCACUUAUUUUGGCCCCGAAGUGAGCCGGAUAAAAGAUGCCGUGGAUAGUUGUUGUCAGGAUGUUCUUAAGGAUCUCCUCAGUUUCCUGGAGUCGCCAAACGCGCCACGUAGGUUGAGGGAUUUGGCGCCAUAUGUGCAAAACAAGUGCUCUGAAAGUCUGUCAGCCAUAUUAAAACAGAUCAAAAGUGAACUUGACCACCUACACAGUGAUCUAGAAAAUGAGAGUAAAGAUGAAAAGUCCUCACUUUCGUCAGCUAUACUCGUCGAGCGAUCAUUAUUUAUUGGGAGACUUCUGUUUGCUUUUCAGAAGCACGCUAGAUAUAUACCAGUGCUACUUGGUUCGCCUAGGUCAUGGGUGAGUGAAGUUUCGGCUGCUACUCCAUCCCCGAUUGGCUCGAAGAAUAUUAGGGUAGCCAGUGAACCGAAAACGAUUGAUAGUCAUGGGAGCACGAAACAGGCUUCACUAGUGUCUGGUGCACUAUUCGGAGCGGAUGACAGGUUAAGCCCAUAUCUUGACGAACUAAGGCAGACAACUCAAGAUCUUUGCGUCAGAGCUUACAAUCUAAAUCUGAAACGAGAUGAUGCCUUGUCAUCAACUGUUCCAGUCAGAGUAAAGAUUCAUCAUGUCGGUGGACAUGUACUUGAUAAAGCAAUUCUGCAGAACUUUGCAACCAAGCUUUUUGACAAGGUUCAUGGGAUUUAUGAUGACUUCCUGUCAGCUGAAGUUCUUAGGUCACAAGUGUCAGACAAAGGUGUUUUACAAGUAUUAUUCGAUUUAAAAUUUGCUUCUGAUAUCCUGUCUGGGGGCGAUUUCCAUGCAAAUAAGGAGGCAUCUGAAAUCACAAGCGUGAAAUCUCCUUAUAGAAGGAAGCAGAAAACAGAGUCACAAAAUUCAUUAAUAGGACAACGCACUAAGGAGUUAGUGAAUCGCCUUUCACAAAGGCUGGAUCCCAUAGAUUGGCUGACAACGAGAGACAGGCGUACCUUAGACAUGGUGUCCUCUUUGGUUUCUUUGUACAACUUAAUAGAAUACAUAGACUCUGUACAGAAGCUCCCCACUAACUCCGAAUCAAACAUCAUGCGUUGUUCUAUAGUGCCUCGAUUCAAGUACCUUCCCAUCAGUGCUCCAGCAUUAUCCAUGAGGAAUGCGGCCAGAACCUCUAUGUCGACAUCCGCGGAUGAUGCUUACUUGAGGAAUUCAUGGAAAAGUUACAAAAAUGACGAGAUGUCUCGAAAGGUUGAUAUUAACGGAUGGGCAAGUCGGAAGGUUUGGGGACAUAUUGCCUGCUCAGGCAGCUGGACUCCUUUCAUCCUUAACUGCCACCAGAUCAGAUUAUUAACUGGCCCAUCAGUAACAGUUCACUGGAUUACGCAGAGUAGCAGAUUUUCGGCUGCGGGUUUGCAUUCUAGAGGACACCGGAUAUGGGAAGCUGCAAUGGAUAAAUUGAUGUCUAAAGGCGCUAUUUUGACCAAGUGUUUCUAUUUCGCGGGCGGGCCUGUGAAAACUCUAUAUGUGCUGGGGGCUUACAAAAGGCAAUGCCAUGAUUCCAACAGUCCUCCGGUGACCGGCAAUUCUCCGGCGACAGGUUGUGGAGAGAGAGGUCACCGACGAGAACUUCAUCAUGAAGCACACCAUGUCGGACGUCCUGUCCAUGGCCAACGCCUGCUCGAGGACCAGCGGCUAGCAAUUCUUUAUGUU